AUGCGACACAUACCGCGUAACCAUCGCCAUUUACAGGCAGAUCAAACCGUUGUGAAGAAGCGAAAGACUGAACUUGGAGGUGCAUUCACCGUAGCCAAUAGGAUACUUUUCAUUGGUCUGCUCGUUUCUUUACUAUACCAGAUCAUAGCAACAAUUGGAGUGGAGGUGUCGAGCAUCAGGCCAACGAAUGCACCAGAUCUCGUAUCAUUCACAAACGACGUAGACUCAAACAUUACUACUAUAUCGAGCAUGAGUUGCUCUCAGCUUCACGGUCCACAUACUAUAGUUACCGAUAGCCCUGGCUCCAUCGACUAUAACAUAGUCCCUUUCGCAAAUUUCGCAAUCUAUUCUUGCCACAAUUCGAGUAAAGGUCCAAUAAUCGCGCUAAGAUGCCAACACUGCCCAUUGACAUACGAAAACGUGUAUGUUUCAUGGCAAUUUUUCAACAUCACAAACAAGUUUCCUGCUACGGCUGUUGGUUUGCAUUUCAAUCUUACAACAAAGAACUAUGUGGGUGGAAAGAUAUAUGCAAAUUUCGUAAGUGGGACAAUAAAUGAUGGGGUGAAAUUGGAUCAUAAAAGUGUUACUUAUAGAGGGGCUAAUACACAUGUACUUAAGUUUAAUCUUUUUCCAAGGGUGCACCAUAAUCUACAUGGCCUUGAGCUUCUUCAACCCGCGUUUCAUGCUUUUAGACCUGGAUCUCUUGCUCGCGAUGAACAUGAACUCCGGUCUUUGUUAGAGAGUCCAAAUAAAGGGUUGAUCAACAUUACGUUGGCAUUGCAUUUUUUGUCCGAGUAUAUGAUUGAGGUUGAUGAUCGAAUGUACAUUGGUUCAGUGAGUUUUCUAGCGGAUAUUGAUGGCCUUUGUUGCCUCAGUUUUACUCUAUUUCUGCUGCUCUUAACUUUGUGUGAAUCGAGAAUCAAACGAUUGCGCACAGAAGAUGAGGUUAUGCAAAACAUUAGAAAACGAAGGAUUGUAGAGGAUCAUUGGAAUAAGGUUUAUAAAGAUUUGUCUAGGAUGAACAAAGGAGUCCAAAUUAUCAAUUCAUUUUUUCUUGAAUUACCUCUACUUAAAAGAUCAUUAUAUUGCUUCUAUAAGCAGGAUAUUUUGGAUACGUAUGAUGAUGACAAUUUUCUUUCGUGUGAUGCUACAGAAUUCAAGAGAGGGAUGCAAAUGAGAUCAGAAUGCAAGCUAUUUAAAUUUGGAAAAUUCUUUAAAGCAUGA